AUGCCAGGACAACGGUCAACUUUGUGGAAUUGCUACAAAAAAGAUCCAAACGGUACGAAAGCGAAAUGUUUAAUUUGUGGACAGAUAAUGUCGUUGGCAAAAUCAACGUUCACAAAUUUGCGAAGACAUAUUCUGCGAAAACAUCCUCACAUACAAGAGCAAGUAGCACCGCAACAGAUAAACACGCUGGGCAACAAAAUAUGGAUCCAUUUCAUCAAGGAACAAGGAAAACGGGGUAGAUGCAGGUACUGUGAUCGAUCGAUCAGCUAUCAAUAUACAACGUCCAGCUUGGCAAGACAUGUGCGAAUCCAACAUCCCAAUGUAUGGUUGGAAAACGACAACUUAACCGAAGCUCCCAACCAGGACUAUGAAAAAUUGUACCAAGAUGAUGGUGUACCGAAUAGCGUUGAUGGACUAAUGUCGGUGAACGAAUUGGAUGGAGAGUUUGAAGGUAGUAGGAAUAAUGGGCUUAUCGAAUUGCAAUCCGUAAAAAACGCAGGAUUAAGUGAACCGAUUAAACUGGAAAUAAUCGAUUUGAAUCCACAGCCCAAACGUAAUGAUGAGGAACAGCAUGAGCAGAUUGAGAGAAACACCAGAUUCCAGCCAGAAAGGGCACGCCGCUAUGAUCAACGAUCCUUGGAGCAGAACGACUCCGAACAGGAGUAUGAUAUGGGGGAGAUUCUGGAAGAAACGGUUAUAGGACAAAUCAUCGAUCCUAUCAAGACUGCCGAGACCAUCGACGCUGGCUAUGCGAAGAAUUCGGUCCCAUUUGACAUGAAGCAUCUACCGACGAAAGCAGCAGCAUAUGCGACUCAUAUUGCGCUGGAAAUUGAAAGUCUACUGCCGCGGCAAAGGGCCAUAGCUCAGAAGCUUAUCUCAGACAUACUGUUUAAUGGGAAGUUGGAAAAUUUAACCGAACAUUCCAUGCUGAUAGUACGAGUUGGUACGUUCGAGCGCGAAUAA